UGUGCCUAAUACAAUAUGAUUUGAUUUGAAUGCCGUACUAGCUAAAUUAUCUAAUGAAUAAUUCAUAUGCAACAUUUCUAUAAAUUAUCAACACUACUCUCUUGUUGACAAGCCUCCAUUUGUCUAGGUUUUAGCUAGAUAGUUAGCAUGCUUCAUUCAUGGAGGUUAUGCUAACUAGCUACAAAGCCCAUCUGUAGCCUCUGACUAACCAGCUGAGUUCCAGUUAUGGUCUCGUCGUUUUUCUGCUAUCUUGUUUGAACACCGAAUGACCACCAGUGGGAGCGCUAGCUAGCUAGAUAUUCCUGCCUCAGCUAGUGCCAUUGUAUUGGCUAUCUUGUUUGAACACCGAAUGACCACCAGUGGGAGCGCUAGCUAGCUAGAUAUUCCUGCCUCAGCUAGUGCCAUUGUAUUGGCUAUCUUGUUUGAACACCGAAUGACCACCAGUGGGAGCGCUAGCUAGCUAGAUAUUCCUGCCUCAGCUAGUGCCAUUGUAUUGGCUAUCUUGUUUGAACACCGAAUGACCACCAGUGGGAGCGCUAGCUAGCUAGAUAUUCCUGCCUCAGCUAGUGGCAUUGUAUUUGCUAUCUUGUUUGAACACUGAAUGACCACCAGUGGGAGCGCUAGCUAGCUAGAUAUUCCUGUUUCAGUUAGUGGCAUUGUAUUGGCUAUUAUGUUUGAACACUGAAUGACCACCAGUGGGAGCGCUAGCUAGCUAGAUAUUCCUGCCUCAGCUAGUGGCAUUGUAUUUGCUAUCUUGUUUGAACACUGAAUGACCACCAGUGGGAGCGCUAGCUAGCUAGAUAUUCCUGUUUCAGCUAGUGGCAUUGUAUUGGCUAUCUUGUUUGAACACUGAAUGACCACCAGUGGGAGCGCUAGCUAGCUAGAUAUUCCUGCCUCAGCUAGUGCCAUUGUAUUGGCUAUCUUGUUUGAACACCGAAUGACCACCAGUGGGAGCGCUAGCUAGCUAGAUAUUCCUGCCUCAGCUAGUGCCAUUGUAUUGGCUAUCUUGUUUGAACACCGAAUGACCACCAGUGGGAGCGCUAGCUAGACAGAUAUUCCUGUUUCAGCUAGUAGCAUUGUAUUGGCUAUCUUGUUUGAACACCGAAUGACCACCAGUGGGAGCGCUAGUGGGACCACCAGUGGGAGCGUAUUGGCAAUCUUUCCGGCACGCAUGGAUGAAUGCAGAUGUAAGUCAUAUAAUGUUAGCACGCAAAGACAACCCUAAUUUUCAAUUAAUAAACUGUCUUGGAAGAUAGAACAGCACACAAAUAUUUCCUUACCUGAUGCUAAUGAUGGUUCUAUAGCCUGCCUGAGUUGCUCAGUUGAGGUUAGGCUACGAGGUUAUCAGAAAGUGUCUGGCAUAAGCCGUAGCCUACAUGUCGACAUGUAAUCAUCGCAAUUUGAGAGUUAAUGUUAUACACAGAAAAUAACAAUCUCUGUUUAAAAGACUAUAUUAUUGCUUGCCUGUGAUGUCCUUCACACGGGGUAUCAUAUUAUUACUUGUUUAUUGCAAACAAACAGUUUUGGACUUGGCACACUAACCUCACAUAGGCAGGCAAUUAAGGUAGUGGCUCACUACUGUCAUCUGCUGGAUAAUUUAGAGAUUAUACCAUGAAAUAGCACUGCGCUGUUUACAAUGAUUCAUGUUAUUGAAAAGUUGAUUUUGCCUGCUCCUUUCCGUACUGUCAACUACAAUAUGCGAUUACUGAUUUGUAAAUACUGAGCACAACCAUGCACAGAACGCAACUUUUGCCACCCAUAACUAAACUUGUUCGCUACUGUGACACCAGGCUGAUCUCUCCUAUACUCUGCUGCUACCGCAUUACAGCCAGGCCUAGUUUAAUGCUGUAUUCUCUGCUGCCUGCUACCACAUUACAUGGCAGUGAGGCCAAGGCAAGCCCUGCAGUGAGUUCAUUCACUAAUGAGCUUAUGAAGGAAGUAGGGCACUAGGGCCUUUGCACCACAGGCAAAAGAAGGAGAGUCUGGUUACAGAGAGUGAGAGAGAGAGAGAGAUGUAGAGAGAGAGGGAAAGAGAGAGAGAGAGCAAGAAAAAAAGCGAGAGAGCUUUAGGCGUUUUUCGAGCCUGUCCAGGAAAUGCAACAGAAUUAGUCAUUCAGCAGCCUUGUAUUCUGACACACACUCAGCCUUCCCCUGCAGUGUCGCUUCCAGUCCCCUCCCUGAGGUCUGUCAUGGAACCCCUGGACCACACAUUCUGGACCUCUGGACUGUGCCCCUGGAAUCCUGUGCCCCCUGACCAGGUCUCAGGCCGAGGCACCAAGCGAAAACGCUUUCUCAAAUCUUACAGCUUCGAUGUUGACAAUGGCACAUCAUCGGGACGCAGCCCCCUGGACCCCAUGGCCAGUCCAGGGUCAGGGCUCAUCCUGCAGGCCAACUUUGUCCACAGUCAGCGGAGAGAGUCCUUCCUCUACCGCUCGGACUCGGACUACGACCUGUCACCCAAGUCCAUGUCCAGAAACUCCUCCAUUGCCAGCGACAUGAAUAACCACCUGCAGAGGCCAGGCCUGACCUCGCGACGGUCUGAGCCCGUCAUUAGUGGAAACCAUGGCGACGACUUGAUAGUCACACCAUUUGCACAGGUACUGGCUAGUUUGAGAACGGUACGGAAUAACUUUGCUGCACUAACCAACUUGCAACAAGAUAGAGCCUCAAACAAGCGAUCCCCUAUGUGUAACCAACAACCACCCAUCACCAAGUCCUCUUUCUCAGAGGAGGCCUACCAGAAGCUGGCCACAGAGACGCUGGAGGAGCUGGACUGGUGCCUGGACCAACUGGAGACCCUGCAGACCAGACACUCUGUCAGCGAGAUGGCCUCCACCAAAUUCAAGAGGAUGUUGAACAGGGAGCUGUCUCACCUGUCUGAGAUGAGUCGCUCAGGGAACCAGGUCUCUGAGUUCAUCUCCAGCACCUUCUUAGACAAGCAGCAUGACGUGGAGAUGCCAUGUCCACAGACGCAGAAAGAGAGGACGGACAAGAAGAACGCCAAGCCCAUGUGUCAGAUCAGUGGCGUGAAGAAGCUGCAGCACAGCACUAGCCUCUCCAACUCUAAUAUACCUCGCUUCGGGGUCAAGACCGACACAGAGGACCAACUGGCUACGGAGCUUGAGGACCUCAAUAAAUGGGGCCUUAAUCUUUUUAAAGUCACCGAGCUUUCAGGAAACCGGCCUUUAACAGUCAUGAUGUACACAAUUUUCCAGGAAAGAGAUUUAUUAAAAACAUUCAAAAUACCAUUAGACACCUUUAUAACCUACCUGAUGACUCUAGAAGACCAUUACCACGGCGAUGUAGCCUAUCACAAUAACAUCCAUGCUGCUGAUGUCACCCAGUCCACUCACGUGCUGCUGUCCACGCCUGCUCUAGAGGCUGUGUUCACAGACCUGGAAAUCCUAGCUGCCAUCUUUGCCAGUGCUAUUCAUGACGUCGACCACCCUGGGGUCUCCAACCAGUUUCUCAUCAGCACCAACUCUGAGCUGGCCCUCAUGUACAAUGACUCGUCAGUCCUAGAGAACCACCACCUGGCUGUAGGCUUCAAGCUGCUUCAGGAAGAGAACUGUGACAUCUUCCAGAACCUGACCAAGAAACAACGGCAGUCCCUCAGGAAGAUGGUCAUAGACAUGGUACUAGCUACUGACAUGUCCAAGCACAUGAAUCUCCUAGCUGACCUGAAGACCAUGGUGGAGACCAAGAAAGUCACCAGCUCUGGAGUGCUACUAUUAGAUAACUACAACGACAGAAUACAGGUCCUCCAGAACAUGGUGCAUUGUGCGGAUCUCAGUAACCCUACCAAGCCCCUGCAGCUGUACCGCCAGUGGACCAACCGCAUUAUGGAAGAGUUCUUCAGCCAGGGGGACAGGGAGAGGGAAAGAGGCAUGGAGAUCAGCCCUAUGUGUGACAAACACAACGCCUCUGUACAGAAGAGCCAGGUGGGGUUCAUCGACUACAUCGUCCACCCUCUGUGGGAGACCUGGGCUGAUUUGGUGCACCCUGACGCUCAGGACAUCCUGGACACUCUGGAGGACAACAGGGAGUGGUACCAGAGCAUCAUCCCCCAGAGCCCCUCGCCCGUCCCGGACGAAGCCGACGACGGCAGCGGACGUCCCCCCGGAGGGGACAAGUUCCAGUUCGAGCUCACCCUGGAAGAGGACGGAGAGUCGGACACGGAGAAAGACAGUGGAAGUCAACCAGAAGAAGACGAGGAGAAUAGUUGUAACUCGAAAACGCUCUGCACGCAGGACUCGGAAUCCACAGAGAUCCCGUUGGACGAGCAGCCGGAAGAGGAGGUGGAGGAGGAGGAGGAGGAGGAGGUGGUAGUGGUAGAGGAGGAGGAGGAGGGUGAAGGGGUACACAGGGAACCAAGUAUGGCGGAGUUGGAGGAGGAGGAUGAGGAGGGAGAGGGGGAAGGGGAGGAGGGCGAGGAGAAGCAAAGAGCGGCCGAUACAUAGCAGCAGUAGAAACUGCGCGGAUUGCCAAACUGCGAGAGAGAGACUGUUGCGUUACAACGGCGAAUCAAGGGACGAGGUGAAUACUAGUAAUCGCCACAAUGUUGGUGAUGUGGCGUCAUCGAGAGUUCCAAAGCGCACGUUGCACUCCUCAAUCCCAGUCUUCUCCUCACUCCACUCCACCUGGAGGUGAUAUGGGGGCACAGACCCACACCUCCCGCAAGACUCCCUCCCUUGGAGCGCCAGACUUUUACACUCAGGAAUAUUUUAGUCGACUUUCUCGCCUCCUUUUUUGUUUACCUUCUGGUUCAUUCGGCCUAUAGGGAGCGAGGUGACGCCUUGAGUUCAAAGGCCAAUCUCCACCUCCCGCCUCUCCUCUAUCUCCUACCACUUCCUGUCAAUGCAGGAAGCAAACAGAAAGUGUUCUUUGACUCCAAGACUGAGCACAUGGGCAACAGACAAGAUGCUUGGAACAGUCCUAACUGUAGCAUCAUGGGAGGACAGCCAGAUGGGGGAAAGAUGGAUUGCAAGGUGACCUCUGAACUGCAAGGUGACCCCAGUCCACUAAUACCAUCUGAAAACCAAUGAGGGAUAUUAUAGGGAGAGACGGACAAAGACAUACUUUGCAAGAUGAUUUCAAAGAGACCUUUUUUUCUAAAGUUCAAGUCUUCCUUGAAACAAGACUGGUAGAAAACGCUGUUUUUGACCUCCUCAGUUUUUGUAUUGUAGUAAAACUGAAAUCUUUUUGUAGAUAACUUUUGUUAAUGGAGAGAGUAAGAGAGAGAGAGAGAGAGAGAGAGAGAGAGAGAGAGAGAGAGAGAGAGAGAGAGAGAGAGAAAAGAGAGGAGGAAGAUGUUCAUUUAAUAUCUUCUUCGUCAUAUAUUGCAUCCAUUGAAACUUGAUUUUUUUUUUUUAGAAGAGAUAUGUUAUGCCAUAACAUAAUGCCUGUGGUCUUUCUGGGAAUGUGUGCUUGUCCUGAGUGCAUGUGACUAAGCUCUCUGCACUCAGUCUGCUUUCUUUUGCUCUCCUUCAUCUUCACUCCCAGGUAUUUCAGAUAGGGGCAUCUUAGAUGAACAUGUGUGGUUUUCUGUUCGAGAGCGUUGGGGUUCUAACUUUAAUCUUCACUCCCAGGUAUUUCAGAUAGGGGCAUCUUAGAUGAACAUGUGUGGUUUUCUGUUCGAGAGCGUUGGGGUUCUAACUUUAAUCUUCACUCCCAGGUAUUUCAGAUAGGGGCAUCUUAGAUGAA